AUGGGUCGCCCAAGACUCAUUAUAUUAAUCAGACAUGCCCAGUCUGAGGGCAACAAAAACCGCGAGAUCCACCAGACCAUCCCCGAUCAUAGAGUCAAGUUGACCCAAGACGGAUGGCAGCAAGCCCGCGACGCCGGUCGUCGAUUACGAGCCUUACUCCGCCCAGAUGAUACCCUCCAGUUCUAUACCUCUCCGUACCGACGGACGAGAGAAACGACCGAGGGUAUUUUAGAAACCUUAACGUCAGACGAUCCCGACCCCUCGCCUUUCAAGAGAAGCAAUAUGAAGGUAUACGAGGAGCCAAGGUUGCGUGAGCAGGAUUUUGGAAACUUCCAGCCGUGCAGCGCCGAGAUGGAACGCAUGUGGCAAGAACGUGCCGAUUACGGCCAUUUCUUCUAUCGUAUUCCCAACGGCGAGAGCGCUGCCGAUGCUUAUGAUCGUGUCUCAGGUUUCAACGAGAGUUUGUGGCGUCAGUUCGGAGAGGAUGACUUUGCCAGCGUCUGCGUCCUAGUUACCCACGGUCUCAUGUCUCGCAUUUUUUUGAUGAAGUGGUAUCAUUUCUCUGUCGAGUAUUUUGAAGACCUACGCAACGUCAAUCACUGCGAGUUUCUCGUCAUGAAGAAACAGGUAGACAGUGGCAAAUAUGACCUCCAGAACAAACUUCGGACGUGGUCUGAACUACGACGAGAACGAGCUGCCAUCAAGGCCAAGGAGGAUAAGGAACCGGGCAAGACUGAGAAGCAUAACCACACUCCUGCCCCGCCACGCAAAUGGGGUGGUUGUCCUCAAGGCUGUAAUCACGGCAAGAAUUUUAAGAUACGCGGUGAUUUGGCUGAGCUACGGCAACACGACGAAAACAACGCUAAGCAUGCUCUCACUCAUACAGCUACUGAGGUUAAUGGCACUAUAGCCAGCCGAAGAAGCCCAGCUAAGAGAAUUCAAGGCCCAAACAAUUCCGAUGAUGACUCGGAUGAUCCUCGCAGUAGAGCCCUUCCGCAUAUCGACGUUACUAAGGCUCAAGAAGAGGUUGUUUCCUCGCCAGACGGAACGCCGUCAUUCAUAACGAUAGAUGAUCGGCUGCGCAACGCGCUCAAAACCCCCCAGAAGUCGACAUUUCUUCACCUCGGUCGCGACUUCGGGGGUACUUACUCGGGACAUGCUAGUGAGGAGGAAGUUUCAGAGAAUGACGCUCGCGAGCGUCUGGCCGCUAAGGCCGCGCGUGUUAAGAACGGGGAGAGGAGCGGGCUAACAACUAAUGGCAGAGAGCCCUCGACUACCCGUCACGCGCACGCAAAUAGGCUUGGUGAUGCACCUAACAACUCGGACCAAGGAUCGGACGGCGGCGACGAGGCCGAAGACCUGGAUAAGGCUGAGCAAGAGGAUAGGAGCAUUCGAGGAAGCGUAUACUAG